GAAACCGGAAUCUCAGCAUGAUCCGAUUCGCGAGAUCAAAAUCAACAAUCGACUCACUGACCUACGAUCUUGUCCAGAGAUGCUACGCUAGUGGAACCCCCAAGGGAAAGUCGAAGCUGAAGACAAACCAAGCGUUGAAGCGAAACAAAAUCACCACCAAAAAAGGCGGUGGUGGCGGCGGCGGAGGAGGUGGAGGUGGGGAGGAAGCGGUGAAGGGAAAAGGAAGAAUCUCCGAUGAGAAGCAGAAGCUAUACGAUCAAUGCCUAAACGCUCCUUGCCCUGUUCGUUACCUGAGGCCCAAGGAGAUCGAGCGAGAAGCGAAGCGAGAGAAGCUAGGGCUAAUCAGCAAGGAGAGGCAGCGAGAGAUCGAGAUCCAGAAAAAAGGAGGACCUUUCACGAUGGAAGUCACCGAGGAGCCGAUGAGGAUCGGGACUCCAGGAUUGGAUUACAUUUCGUUAGGGAUUUUCACGGAAGACGAGUUACCCAAGUACAAGGUCACGGUGGAGGACGGGAAGAGACUCGCCAAGGAGUACAGUAGAGUGCUUAUGAGAGAGCACAGAGCGAGACGUGUUGCUGAGAGUAAUCUGUUGAAGCUGAAGAAAGCGGCGAUAGAGGCGUUGCCGGAGAAUCUGAAGAAGGCAGCUUUAGAGCCUGAUUUGACUCCGUUUCCGGCGAAUCGUGGAAUGGCUACUCUUACACCUCCUAUUGAAGGGUAUCUCGAGAGGAUUAUGAAUGCAGCUAAGAAGAGCUCAAGUAAAGAGAAGUUGAGAUGAUCAUUAAGAGGUUAGAGAUUUUGUGUUUUGGAUGAGAUGAGUUUUGUCAAUUGGGUUCUGAUCAAAUCUGAUAUAAAGAUGGUCAUAGUGCUUACCACUCUAUAGUAGAACACUUGUUGAAGCUUAAAAGUUUAAAUUUUUUUUUUUAACUUUCUUCUGUUUGAGAUUGAGUAACUUCAUAUCAGCAUUCUGAGUAGUGAAGUUGUUUAGGCUGAAAGUCACUGGUAAUAACAAUUGGAAUUAUCCUCUAAUUGGAGGCUAACUCUUUUGUA